CACUCCCACCCCAACUAGCUAGCUAGAUUUCGACUGGUUAAGGAAAAUCUGUCCCGCUCACGUGGAGGGACCAAAUUUUAGCCUUGCACGUUGACUAUAAUACAUAAAUUUCUCACUCAUGCUCGACUUGGAGCCAAAGUUAGCGUGGAGGAUCCUAUCGCCAAGCAACCUCACGGAUUGAAGGCCAGAAUAUCACUGAACUGGAAAAUGGCGAAGAAGCAAGCAACAAAACCCAACAAUGGCAGUGCCACUGUGAAUAGAAGUAGCAAUGGAACUGAAAAGAAAAAGAAGGAGGAGGACGGGAACAUUCAUUCUCCUUUGGUUGCAUAUUCGUCUAUGCUGAGCCUCCUCACGUUUUGCCCUCCAUUUGUUAUUUUCCUAUGGUAUACCAUGGUUCACAAGGAUGGAUCAGUAGCUGAAUUUUGGGACUUCUGCAAGCAAAAUGGAUUUCAAGGGUUUUUGAGAAUUUGGCCAAAGCCAACACUUGUAGCAUGGAAAAUUAUUGCAUCAUAUGCAGGUUUUGAAGCAGCACUUCAAUUGCUUUUACCUGGUGAAAGAGUGGAGGGCCCUGUUUCUCCCAAAGGAAAUAUUCCAAUUUACAAGGCAAAUGGAGUGAUUGCUUAUCUAGUCACAUUGGUAACUUACAUCGCUAUUUGGUGGUUGGGAUUAUUCAAUCCUGCAAUUGUCUAUGACCACUUGGGGGAGAUAUUUUCGUCGCUUAUCAUAGGCAGUUUUAUAUUUUGUAUCCUUCUAUAUAUUAAAGGACUUGUUGCACCAUCUUCAACUGAUUCAGGCUCUUCGGGGAAUGUUAUUAUUGAUUUCUACUGGGGAAUGGAGCUUUAUCCUCGAAUUGGUAAAAGCUUUGACAUCAAAGUCUUUACAAAUUGUCGGUUUGGAAUGAUGUCUUGGGCAGUUCUUGUUGUAACAUACUGCAUAAAACAGUAUGAAGAGUAUGGCAUAAUAGCUGAUUCUAUGUUAGUCAGCAGCAUAUUGAUGCUGGUAUACAUAACAAAGUUCUUUUGGUGGGAGUCUGGGUACUGGAGUACCAUGGAUAUUGCUCAUGACCGAGCUGGCUUUUACAUUUGCUGGGGUUGUCUGGUCUGGGUUCCAUCUGUUUAUACAUCUCCAGCAAUGUAUCUUGUACGUCAUCCCAUCAAUUUGGGUCUUCAGCUGUCCCUGGCCGUACUUGUUGCUGGCAUUGUAUGCAUAUUCAUCAACUAUGACUGUGAUAGGCAAAGGCAGCUAUUUCGUAAAACAAAUGGUAACUGCUUAAUCUGGGGUCAGCCACCGUCAAAGAUAGAGGCUCAAUAUGAAACUACAAAUGGUGAGAAAAAGCGUAGCCUUCUCCUGACAUCUGGCUGGUGGGGUAUCUCACGGCAUUUUCAUUAUGUGCCAGAAAUCCUAGCAGCAUUUUUCUGGACAUUGCCGGGACUCUUUAAUAAUUUUCUUCCCUACUUCUAUGUUAUCUUCUUAACCAUCCUUCUAUUUGAUCGAGCCCAAAGAGAUGACCAAAGAUGCCGGGCAAAGUAUGGGAAAUAUUGGGAUAUGUACUGCAAACAAGUUCCUUACAGAGUUCUUCCAGGAGUUUACUGAGCAUGCGUAUGAGUUAUGUAUGAUGGACUAGGUUUUUAUAAGCCAGUAAUGAGAAAAAGCUUGGUUCUUAUAGCUAUGGCCAAUUUUUUAUGCCCCAAGUGUUGUUAUACUCUAUUAAAAAAUAUGUGAGAUGUGUUCUACACAUGGGUUCUAGGAGGAAGUGUGAUGCCUGUUUUGAGAAUGAGUCCUCAUGCUAUCAGAUAGAUAAACAUAGUUACGAGAAAAGCUUAAUAUUUAGUUGUGAAUUACUCUAAAAACCUUGCUUCACAGAAUGAAAAUCAGACAGCCAAUCCUUCCAUUCUCUUUUUCAGUAUUGAAAAUAUAAAACGAAUUCAUUUAAACAAAUCAAUGCAUUCUAGAAAAUGUAAGAUCACAAUGAGAUAUGGAAGCUUGGCUUACAAAUGAAUUUUUAAUCA